AGUGCAACUUAGAUAGAGGCAUACAGACCAAGAUAACGGAGGUAGUUGAGCAGCACAGAAGGGGGUUGUAUACGCUGUGCAGUGUCCGGAGUUCCCCACCCUCCCGGACUCACGUGUGCUUUGCUCCCCACUCUCACUGUGGCGUGUGAACUCUUAUUCGCUUGAGCUGGGGGAAAAGUGCAUAGGACACAGUGAAGGCACACUCAGGAUAAAAAGUGAAAGUCUUCCUUUUUUUUCUCCCAUUAAUUCCUAAACUUGUUUUGAGAUGGAUGACACUGAGCAAAAUGACCAUCCCGAUAACAUGCCUUAUCUUGCCGUGGCCCUGGAUGAGACCCAGCUGGAGGUCAUUGGGCAGCGAGUCGACACGUCCGUGUCCUUCUUGGAGAGGGUCAAGGUGCAAUGCCGGUGUUCAAUCUCCAGGUUAAAGAGCACUUUGCUGGGCUUGUUUCCCAUCCUGUCAUGGCUGCCUUACUACAACAUCAGAGGAAGUGCAGUGGGAGACUUGGUGUCAGGGCUUAGUGUGGGCGUCAUGCAUCUGCCACAGGGUAUGGCCAACGCCAUGUUGGUUGGCGUGCCCCCAGUUUUUGGUCUCUACACGUCUCUCUAUCCGCUGAUCAUCUACUUCAUAUUUGGAACUUCGAGACAUCUCUCCUUGGGAACUUUUGCUGUCCUGGCCAUCAUGAUUGGGUCUGUCCCUGCCAUUGUGGAGUUGCCAAACGAUGGUGCUGAUAUGGUGGCAGCUAAAGUAAACAUAGCCGUCCAACUUACCUUGCUCUGUGGUCUGAUACAGCUCCUGCUUUAUUUGCUGCGCUGCGGGGCCGCGUGUCGCUGGUUGUCCGAUCCUCUCAUCAGAGGCUACACAACAGGUGCUGCCCUGCAUGUGGUUGCCCUGCAACUGCCCCUCAUGACGGGAAUAUUUGCACAGAGACACACCGGACUGAUGGCCUCCGCUUGGACUUUACACGAUGUCCUGUGUGGAAUGACCAGUGUAGUACCAGGAACUCUAUCCGUCACUGUGGUUUCUACGGUGAUACUCAUUGGGGGCAAAAUGCUGAAUAAACACUUUAAAAGCAAGCUGCCGGUGGCCAUACCCUGGGAAGUUAUCCUGAUUGUCCUGGGUACUGUGGUUUCAGUGCAGAUGAAUCUGGCUGGACAGCACAGAGUCCAGGUGGUUGGAGAUAUUCCCUCUGGCCUGUCACCCCCCAUCGUUCCCUCUCUCUCCAUGGCAAGGGAACUGUUCGUUCCGGCUCUGUCAGUCGCUCUGGUGGGCUUCAGCUUCCUCUCGGCCAUGGGCUCAGUAUUUGCCCACAAACAUGGUUACCACUUUGACUCCAGUCAGGACCUGCUGGCUCUGGGUUUGUGUAACUCUAUCGGAGCCAUGUUCCAGUGUUUUGCAGUCAGUUGCUCCUUCUCACGCAGUAUGGUUCAAGAAAGCAUCGGUGUCAAAUCACAGAUGUCAGGCCUGGUAUCAGCCCUGAUGAUUUUAACUGUUUUGCUGAAAAUUGGUCAUCUCUUCGAGCAGCUGCCAAAGGCAAUUUUAGCAGUGAUCAUUGUGGUGAACCUGCAAGGGUUGCUGGCUCAGUUUCAAGAUGUGGUUUUGUUGUGGAAGUCUGAUCGAUUUGACCUGCUCGUGUGGGUGGCAUCACUGAUUUCAACUCUAGUCCUAAAUUUGGAUCUGGGUCUGGCAGUGGCCGUCGCCUUUUCUCUGCUUGUGCUCAUCUACAGAACACAACGCUCCUCCACUGCAGUCUUGGGUCAAAUUCCUGGUACAGAUUGUUACAGAGAUGUGCAACUCUACAAUGAGGCAAAGAUGGUUCCAGGAAUUACGAUAAUCCUUUCUCCCGGUCCAAUUUAUUUCGCUAACUCUGAACUGAUCUUCACUGAAAUCAGACAGAUUGUAAGUCGUGCUCAGAACGAGAACCCAGCAGGGGUCCACACCGCCGCCCAGUUGCCAACGCACGGCCACUCCUUGAUUCUGGAUCUCAGCUCAGUCAGCUUCAUGGACAGCGUCGCCAUGACGGCACUUUGCAAGCUUGUGGAGAACUUGGAAGCCCAAAGCCUCCGUGUUUUUCUGGCCUCGUGCCCGGAGAGCCUUUUAGCCCAGCUGCGGUAUCAGGGCUGCAUACCCAACAGCCUGCCCGGCUCCUCCAUCUUUCCAUCAGUCCAUCACGCCGUCCGUCGUUGUGUCAGCUCCCUGCCUGUGCCUCUUGAGGAAUUUACCUGUGAUGCAAGAUAAACUUGAAUGUACAAGUUGGAUGGACUCUUCCUUCCUUCCCGUGCGUCUUGUGAGGUUUCCUGAUGAUUACUCCUGAACAAACAAAAUUGCCAGAAGGUUUUGGAGUUGUCCAGUUUGCGGUGUAAAUAAAUUUGUGAAAGGAAA